AUGCAAUCCUGUCAUCUGAAGCAGCGUAGCAGCGCUGGGGAUAGUAGUACUGGGAAACUCCGUGCUCCAUCGGGACAAGAGGCAUCCCGGCUGAAAAAUCCGGCUAUCGCAAGAGCGGCUAGGCCAGAGCUCAGGACAACGGGACGGGUCAGCGGAAAAGCCAAACGUCCACACAGUGUCCGAAUACUCAAGCCAAGUGCUCGCCCGGGCCACAGACACGCUCUGCAAAGAACCGAAAUAACGGAGAAGGGGUCGGAAGUCCGUAAGUAUCCAGCAAGCUCGAAAGAACCCCAGCAGAAAAUUAAUGAGACGGUUUAUCCCCAGGACCCCUUUUUUGGCAAAUUCUUCUUCUUUUGGCCAACUCUACAGGGCCUAGUAGGUGACAAAGCCUUCGCCACGUGGCCUCCACACCUUCCACACAUCAACCACCAUUCAUCUGGCGAGCCCAGCUGCACAACAUCCUCACCGGAACAGGCUGCACAGCUACAAGGGCCGCAUUCAAGAUUCCGGUCACUUCCGUCUCGCUACUUCAGUGGCGACGAAUUCCGGGAAACAGCAGCCGAAUUCGAGCGGGUUCAUUCGCCGCUCAAGUGGCGGAAUCGCGGUUAUUCAGCCUGCCGAAUCCAAGCGCAGCAGAUCGCUGAACGUGAGGUAAGAAUCCCGCUAAGUCUGCCGAAUCCGAUCACCGCAUCCGUGGUGGAAGUCCGGCAAUUCAGCGACCGAAUCUGA